AUGGCCCUGUACAAUUAUGAAUCACCAAGCUUAAGAAAUGGAAACGGAAACGGAAACGGAAAUGGACCCACAUCACGCCAUUCUCCCAUCAUCAAUUACCGAAAGGAUGCUAAGAAAGCCGUCAAAUUCACAAUGAUGAUUGUGGGUGAACUGGGAACUGGCAAAACAACAUUUAUCAAUAGCUUGCUAAACAAGAAGGUUUUGGACCAUCGGUACGAAACGCCUUCAUCAAUCUCAUCAAACAAAGAUUGUGAAACAAAGACUUUGACUUUCACUUCUGCUAAAUCAGUGGCGUUGCCCAAUACAUCAAUGUUGACGAGACACGAGUUUAACCCUAGUACUAUUGAUGAAGAACCGGGGAUUGCGUUGACGGAGACCAAAGUCGAAAUUGUUGACGAUGACAAUCUCAAAUUGGUUUUGAAUAUAAUAGAUACUCCAGGGUUUGGUGAGAAUUUAAAUAAUGAAUUGUGUUUUGUUGAGAUUGAAAACUAUUUAAAACAACAAUUUGAUCUUGUGUUGGCCGAAGAGACUCGUAUUAAGAGGAAUCCUAGGUUUACCGAUACCAGGGUCCAUGUCAUGCUUUACUUUAUUGCCCCCACCGGACAUGGGUUGAGAGAAUUGGAUAUUCAAUGUAUGAAGAGAUUGUCAAAAUAUGUCAAUAUUAUUCCAGUUAUUGGAAGAGCCGAUUCUUUUACUUCGAGCGAGUUGCAACAUUUCAAACAACAAGUUAGGAUUGAUAUUGAAAAAUUUAAUGUGCCCAUUUUUCAAUUUGAUAAUUUCUUGAAUGACUACGAUGAAGAGGAAGAUUACGAUUUGAUACAAGAGUGUAAGUUUCUUUCCAACUUGCAACCAUUUGCCGUUGUCACGUCAGAAGAUUCAUUUGAGAUUAGAGAUAAGAAAACUGGGGAAACUAAAGUCAUCAGGGCAAGACAAUACCCGUGGGGUUUGGUGGAUAUCAGCGACACCACAAUUAGUGAUUUUGUUGUUUUAAGAUCGGUCUUGUUGGGUUCCCAUUUACAAGAUUUGAAAGACUUGACCCACGACUUUUUGUAUGAAACUUAUAGAACUGAAAGAUUGACAAAAGUCACUGGUGGUGGCGUUUUGGAGGAUGAAGAAUAUGAGGACAGCGAAUUCCAUGACACUGUUGAACAUCAUCCUAAUGGAGAGGUUAGAGGUGGUGGUUUUGCAAAUUCUGCUGCGCCUUCUUUAUCCAACUUGGCACAACUUGCAAAUGAAACUAAUGACGGGGACACCACUGUCCAUGGUGAAGGCUUGGAAAAUCGUUCUGUUAGUUCUUCACAUUCGUCGCUUAGAAAGUCUACAUCAAUGUUGCUCGAUGAUAAUGAAUCGUCCAAUACAUCGCCAUACUUGCAUUCACAUGGCAACUUCACUUCAAGCUCAACCACUGCUGCGGGAAGUGGCUCAGUCCAUGACAAGAAUAGCAAUGCGUUCAAAAGGCUAUCCAUUGGACCCCAAAGAAAUCAAUUGCGCCAAAUUUCUGAGACCGUUCCUUAUGUUAUAAGACACGAACGGAACCUUGAGAGACAGAACAAGUUGGAAGAGAUGGAAAAGGCUAGUGCCAGAGAGUUGGCUGCAAGGGCGGCAUUGUUGGAAAAGAAAGCUCAAGAAUUGAAGCUUAAAGAAAAGAAUUUGUUGAGACAAUUGGAGUUGGCAAAACAGCGUAAACAAAGUGCUAGUAGUAGCGGUGCUGCUGCUGAUGGCGGUGAUGCUACUUCAUCGAAGACAAGUGAAAAUGUUGAGAUUGUUAAUGACUACGAUGAACAACCGGAUCAUGCACAACACAAUGCACAGCAACAUGCCGAUCAAAAUGGACACAUUCCAAAAGAUGAGACUUUAACCGACUUGCAUUCAAUAGUCAGCGAGCAACGUCAGCAUCAACGUUGA